AUGGCAGAGCAGAUCACCCACGAUGUGGUAAACGAAGCACAGUCGAUGGGUGGCCCCUCGCCCAUCGACGUUAAUGCGACAACUACCAACGAAUCGUCCGCCGGCGCGGCUCCGGACACCAACUCUUCCAACCAAGACCAACCCGCGACCUCUUCCACAAACGCUACGUCCUCCAGUGCGCCUCCACCCACGACAAAUCCCUCCGAGCCGAGCGAUGCGGCAAAGGCUUCGCCUAUUCCUGAUGGAUCGCAAAGGCAGCCCGCUACUGAUGCUGUCUCAGAAACCCCCAAGGAACCUACCGCCAAUGGUACCGCUUCGCCGCUGCCCUCCUUGGACGACCCCUCCGGUACACAAUCCGCGGCUGACACGAGUGGGGGGUCGGACACGGACACAAGCCGGGCCGGAAAGGAUGGCACGAGAUCAACAGUCAAGAAGCCCACGUCCUUCAAGUCUGUAUCAGUGACGAAGCACUUCCUUGCAAAGACAGCGGUUUCCACGCCAGCCAAAGUUGGGGAGAAAGCUCCUAUAAGUCAAACAUCAGUUCCCGCUCAACCUACAGCGAAGCCGCGGCUUGUCGCGAAGUCUGGUAGUGGCGUUGGAAGUGCGCUUGGCCGCUCCAGCCUAUCGAAGCUGAAUGGAGCUGGAACAGGGCCAGACCCCAAUAUGGUCUGGAAUAAGAAUAGACCAACGCCACCUCCUCCGCCAAAGCAAUUCACAGAUGAAGAACUAAAGCAACAAUUCGGCAUCCACAUGGCUACCAGAUUACAAGCAGACGAAGACCAAAAGGAGUCAAAAUGGGCCGAUAUUGAUGAAGACGAGGAUGACAACUGGGCGCCGGAAACUGUGGAGUGGAUGGAUGGUACCAAAUCAACAGUCAAACCGGCCGAACCAACGCCCCCCUUGGAGGAACCGAAGCCGGAGGCAAAGAAGGAGGAUAAACCCGCAGAGGAAUCGAAGCCCACCACCCCGUCACUAUCCAGGCCCAGUUCCACGGGUCCAAGUCUGACUGGAGGGACCAAGACAAUUCUGAAGCCCGGUGCGCAUUCUGCUGCAGGUGGAAUCAGGCAAGGAGGACUGCUAUCUAAGGGCCAGACGGACAGCGGAAAGCCGACCUUAGUAUCGAAAUCCCCAGCGCCUGCCCCUGCCAAAUCUCCUUGGGCUCCGCUUCCGCCUGUCGAGAGGGUUUCACCUGUCGUUAUUAAUCCUCAGCCCGAGCACCCCCCGGUUCCUCGCUUCUCGCAGAAAGAUCCCCAUGGCUUUGAUGCUCUUCCUCCGGCCCCUUCGCCGGCCAAGGAGAUCGCGGCCGACGACUUCAACAGAUCAUGGCGGGAUGACCGGGGGCCCAGGGAGUUGUUCAAUUCUCAAUCCGGCCGAUAUGAGCCCCCAGUAGCAGGUUCCCCGGCUUCGCCCGAUGCUGUCAAUGGCGGUGCCAACCCGAUGGCUGCCUACCAAGAACAAGUCAAAAUCCAGGAGCAGAUGAUGCGGGAAAAAAUCGAGCGAGCCAGGGCGGAGAAGCAAAAGCGUCGAGAAGAAGAGGAGAAAGAGGAAGCAGCACGGAAGGAGCGCCUGCGGCUGAAGCUGGAAGCAUUAGGUCCGCCCCCAUCUAAGGCCGAUAAACCGAAGUCGCCAACGGCUGGCAGCGAACCGCCGCAAGCCCAGCAGAAGCCGACUACUAUUCAGUCACCUCCAAAGCCGCCUAUACCCACAGCGGAAGGUGAGGUGGCGCAAUAUGGCAUGAUGAAGGUCCACCAGCCGCAUUCUGUGAAGAGGACGGGCGAGCACUUGAGGCCCUCAGAGCAAUCGCGGCGGGAAGUGAAGUCACCGGAGCGUAAGGCAGUUUCACCGGCGAAGUCGCCUGCUGCUCCAGCAGCAGAAACCACAAAGGCACAGCCGGACGGCGUGAGCACGCCAGAUGAGGCGGCACCGCAAUUGGAGCAAAAAGUGCCUGCCUGGAAGCCGUCUGUGGCUUCUGGCACGCCGUGGGCACCGUUGCGUAGCCGCAACGUGUGGGGCCCGCCGAAUCAAGAAAGAGGCAUCGGUAACGGCACGUUUGGCCAUACACAGCAGCCACCGCCAGCUGCGGCGCCGGGGCCGAUCGCGCCGCCCGCGGCCACGACUAAAUUGCCUACCUCACCUCCACGCUUCACACACCCUCCCUCCGCCGAGCAACCUUCUUCUUCUUCUUCUUCUUCUACCUUUGCUUCACAACCCGACCUGCGCUCACAGGAUUCCUUCGCACACCCCCCGGCAGCAAUGGCGUCCGCCGCAGUUGCUCCUGGCCCGAUCGGGCCUCCCAAGUCAGCACCUCGUCCAGCUUUCGAUGUCUCGGCCUGGAGCGCCAGCUCGAUUGCGGAGUCCGACGCAAAGCUUGCGCGCAGGCGCGAAGAAAACUACCAGGCUAACCGUGGAAAGCCAUUGCCCGCCUUCAACGAGACGUUCAAACAGACCGCCAUCGAGGGCUCUCUGGAUCGUCGCCGCGUCUUAGAGACCAAGAGCACCGUCCACCUUCACCCUAACAACGUCUCGAAGCCCGAUGAGCAAGCGCCUCACACAAGCCACUCCGAACAAUCGUCGCGCUCAACGCCUAUUCCUUUCGGCGAGCCUUACAAAUCCUCUGUUGGCGACGAGCCGUCCACACUUCGCCCGAUUGGCUCCGAGAAAGUUCAAUCCUCACCUGGUUCGACUGGUACUUCAGGCAAUCGCUCCUCGCGCUUCUUCCCACGCACUCAAGACGCCUUCGAUGCAGUUCAGGCGACAGUUUCACAGCUGAUACUCAAUGGCGACUCUCCGCCGCCGCCCGAGACUUCAAGUCAUCCUGUUUUCACUGGAGACGCGUUACACCCGAUUGUGAAGCUACCGCAGAAGAUCAAGGUCAAGCUACCUCCGGCGGCGUCUCACUCGUCGUCCCCAGUCAUCAUGCCUGCGAGGCCCGGAUUCUCUCGUCUUGGCUCACAGCCAAUCAUCCAACAGCCCGGUUGGCAGGAGCGCAUCAAUGGUCUUCUCGGCCGUGCUUCAGCACCAGCGCCUUCACCUCCAAAGCCAGCCACUUCGCUUGCGGUCGCGCCUGCAAGCAAGGCACCCUACGACCACACGGGCCCUCGCGCUGGAGCCACCGUCUCACUGCCGUCCAAGCCAGCGCUGGUCAUGUUCGCGUCCGGCUAUAAUGCCAGCCCGGUGUCAAAGUCGGCUUUCGAAGAGGUGAUGAGCGUUCCGGAGGCGUUUUCAGCGCCUACUGUCUGCCUUCCGAAGGAGCCGCAUAUGAAUGCCGGCCUUGCUCCCGUUGCACCGCCCGCUACUCGCCCUGGAUCGCGGUUCUACAAGACGACGGACGCCUUCAGUAUCGACCCGACCUUCAGUCCGAUUGCGGAAUGCGAACAGAACGCGCAGGGAAUCAUCAUCACGAUCCACAUGCCUGCUUCGGACGCGGUAAAGACCAGGAUCAUGGCCCGGCGCCGCAACCAGGGCCGCAAGCCGUCUGGCUACAACAACAAGAAACGGAACAUGGCGCCGCGUGAGAACAGCAACAGCGGGUCCCGUCCCCGCAAGACGUCGGGCAAUGUGCCCCAGGGCCACCCGUGGAGCAACAGCAACAAGAGCAACUCGCCCAGCUCUCCUUGGGGCAGGCGGCCGUCUGGAGCAGUCCACUAG